GUCACAAGUCACAAGGCCCUAUUGAUUGCCGGGUCUGCGUGAUCGUGUCUCAGAAGACGCACAAUACACAACUCACAUGUGGCCGUGGUCGUUAUGGUACAUAGUUAGUAUACCAUACCGACGGAGACGACGAAUGUGCCUCUGGUCGGUGCGGUGUAGUGAAACACGUCGAGGCGAUUCGCGGUGAUCGGUGCUCAGUUUGCUCACCGGCAAUACAACACAACCAUUUCCAUUCCCUCACUCAGGGAACUCGCACGUUCGUCUGUUGGUUGUUGGUUGCACGGUGCACGGCUCGCAAGCAGCACACCAUCAGCACACGCAGUUGAUGGUGCGUCGCAGCACGCUGCCUCUGCCGUUUCAUUGCGGUUCCGCGUUCCGUUUCGCUACGACACGUUGCUCAACCUAGAAACAUGCCACACAUGUUAUUAAAAACAAUUAAAAGUUAAUACUACCCAAGUGUAUCAUACGACGUAAACUGUGUUCUUAUCUGUGAAACAUUCCGCACUUAACGGUGAUACAAAGAUGGCUAUAAACAAAUGAAGAACGCAAAGAUGUAAACAAAUCAACGAAGAAACACGACAGCCAACGAACAAAUUCAAAUAAACGAAAAUAUUAGAAUAAUACGGUGAUAAUAACAGUACAGGGAUCAAAAAUUUAACGAAACUUAAUUUACUAUGAGAACUAAAACAAAAAUAUAUCGGUUGUGUAGUGUGUGUGUGCGCGAAUGAAUCAACAAUCGAUUGUGAAUUGUUUUCACGUUGAAUAUGUUGAGAAAUUUUAAUCUCGAAGAGACGUAUCUUCUUUCUCACCAUUGUGCCUGUCGUACAUGCGGUAUUUUCGUCUUGAACGUGUGUUGUGAAACUGGUUUGUUCGUCCUUCGCGCGCGGCCUUUGCCUGCCUUUUAGGGUGCGGUUGGGGUAGGCCAAGACACAAACAAAAAACACUUAAAAUAAAACGCGAACAAAAUAAACGGAUUAAACCGCUUUCUGUUUGUAAAACAAACGGCUACCGAGCGAGGAAUUUUAGAAAGUAGACUGUUAAGUCAACUUCGUGUUGCACAUCUUCCAAUAAGAAUAAAAGUGGAUUAAUUGUAUUCAGAAAAAAAGAUUGUUACACGUUUAGUUUUUGCGACAUUAUUUUGUGUGCAAGAUGAAGAGCCUCAAAGCAAUAUUCCGCAGGCAAAAGCACGACGAUUUGAGCCGGGCAUCUUCUGUUUCCAAUCUUGCGCCACCGGGUGCACAAGACCCUAAUCAGGAUCAUCUCAAUCACGUACAACCACCGCCUACAAAAAAGAAAGCAGGUGUGUUGAGUAAAGCGCGGAAAAGUUUGUCCAAGGAUAGACUUGAUGAUGAGGGUGGUUUUCAUGCGAAUGCUGGAAUAGGAAGUACUUCGGGGGUACCAAGGGAUUCAAAGCGCUGCUCAGUGAGGAGUAUUGAGAUCGUCGAAGAAGAUCCGCAGCUACGUGAGCGAGUGGCUACCAUGACCGCGGAAAAUGCUCAACUUACAUUGCAACUUGUUGAUCAUCGUGGGCAGAUUACUAACUUACAGAAGGAGAUUACUAGACUAAAGAUGUAUCAGGAGCAGAAUUCACUGCAGAUGGAGCAGCUCUCCGAUGAGAACGCAUCCCUCAGGAAUAAGCUAAGAGAUGUGGUGCACUCGCCACUUUCGGACAACGAAAAACAACAACUGUUGUUAGAUUCACAUCGACAUCAUAGCAGUGCGCCUGCGUCAAUAGCUCCGAAUUUGCAUGGAUUAAACGUAGAGGAAUCAACUGCAACGGACUGGGAUAAGCAGAGCACGAGCAAUGGAAGCGAAGUGUCCGUGGCUUGCCUCCAGGACAAGAUAAACCAAAUGCAGGAAACGCACUACAGCACCAACGAGGAGCUUCAAGCGACGCUGCAUGAGCUAACCGACUUGCAGAAACAGCUCGGCGAUCUGCAAACUGACAACGAGCGAUUACUCGAUGAGAAGAAUUUGAUGUUUGAUUCUCUCUGCCGGCAGACUGAACGACUCAAUGACACUCGCGAUGAAGUGGAGUCCUUGAAGCAAGUGUUAUAUCGUGAAGAAGGUUCGCAUGCUAACCAUGCCAGUUAUGAAUCGGCUUUGGAACGCGAAGCUAAACUAGUCGAAAUGCUCAAAUGUGCUCAAGAAGAAAGAGAGAUGCUGCUGCUUAAACAGGAACAACUUACGAGCGAGGCACAGGAUGUUCGUAGUAAUUUAUUAAGAAAAGAAGAAGAGAAUCGAUUGCUAGGAGAGCGUCUUCAUAAUAUUGAAUCAGCUCUCGACGGGAAGAAUGCUGAGCAUAGACAACUUGAGCAAGAGUUAGCUGCAAGUAAGGAUACAGCUAACAGUAGACUUAUAGAGUGUGAUAGGUUGAAUGAGUAUCUGGAGAAUGCAAGGACGAAAAUAAACGAAUUGGAACAGGAGCGCGCUAUGAGUGAUAAGUCGGAAGCGGAGGAGUUGUUAGACAAUGCUCGCAAAGAGAAAGAUGCUCUUGAGGCCGAAGUUGCAAAUUUAAAGGAGCAGGUUGCACGCGGAAAGAACGAGAUGGAAAAGCUCAAGGAACAAGUGUCCGUUUUGCAGGAGGAGUGUAAGGUUCUAAGGAAUAAUGCCAAGUGUACCAGGAGUGAGUUGGAAUACAAGGUGGAGUUACUCACUGGUGAGAACAAAGCUCUCGGCGAGGAACUGCAGAGAUUAGAAGAAGCUGCUAAUGAACUACAGGUUCAGGCUCAAUGUCAAAUCGAAGAUAAGAGGCAAUUGAGUUCAGUGCUUUCCGAAACCCAGCGCAAUAUGAGUGAGAUUGAGCUUAGAAAAAUGGAAUUAGAGGCUGCUCUUAAUGAAAUGAAGAAAUUGCGGGAUGUUGAGAUGGAGGAAUGGGACAAGUUCCAGAAUGACCUGCUCACCUCUGUGCGAGUGGCGAACGACUUCAAGAACGAAGCCCAGCAGGAGCUGCAGAAGUUCGUCAUGGAGAACAAGGCGCACCGCGAACGCAUCCGGGCUUUGGAGGCGCAGCUGGAGAAGACGUCGAAAGGUAAGACCGAUCAAGUUACGUCGUCGUUGACGUCCGCAUGCGCAUGCCCGUCCACUUUAACACUUAACACCGACACUACUGAUUCCACUGGCUAUCCUACUCUUGGUAGUCGCCGAGGGUCCAACAUAUCCGCUGCGCAUAUUAAGCGGCUGUCGAAACGCGACCGCGAGCUCAUCGAGCACGUGAAUCGCGAAUAUGCCAAAAUUGACCUGGAACAUCGUAGUCCCGAAGAUCUAUCCCCCGAUGAGUUGGCAAUCGUUAAACUCAAACAGAGUUAUGAUCGGCAUUUUGGUGUCACUCAUCAGAAACCCACUGCGAAGAAACCCCUGGAAGAUCUUGCCGUCAGCAGACCUUUACUUACUUCGGUCCUACAGAAUCCUAACCUAAAAAGUGUUGCGCAGGAUGAUGAUGUGCUCAAUGUUGAGAGUAGGGAAUUUUAUGAAGUUCCUCGCAGUCAAAGUAUGGGUGAUAUUAACAAAAUGGUUCAUGAUGAAAAUUUUCAAGAGGCUUAUCUACAACGGUUUCUGGAGAAGGAAGCUAAGACUAAACGAAUUGACCAAAAAGGCCCACUGCGCGUUAGAAAUAUCAAGCAAAAACACAUCAAGAAAAAGGAUAUUGGAUUGCCAAUUUAUAACUCUGUACUAAAUGACGACGACUUAUUGAAAAUCAUCAAAGACGAUAAGGUUGCUGAAAUAUGUCGUGAAGAGUCCUUCGAAACUAGGUAUAUGGACCCUGUUAAGACAAAUGGAAUAGACGACAUGGAACAGAAGAUUAAAUCCUUAAAACGUUGGACGGAUACCAGCGAUGACAAAGUGUUUGUAUAUAGUUUUCAAGAUGGCGCCGUUAAAGUACAUCGAUGUGAUACGUUCAAUGAUGAGAACAAGCAAGGACCUGAUACGUUAAAAAGUGAGAUAAUGGAAAAGCGUGUGAAUAAAGAAACAAAAAGAAAUCCAAGUUCGUUGGAGGAUAUAACAUUCGACUUCAACACGUAUCAGAAGUAUAAAAAUGAGCAGAAAGAACGUGUUAGUAAACUAGAUAUGGCGAAAACUUCCUUUAUCGAAGAUUUAGUUUCCAAAGAUCAAACACCCCCAAAAAAUGAAAAUAACCCAGAGACAAAUGAUAUACCUUUGGAGGACCUGAUUGAUGAGUGCGAAUUAUUCAUACAACAUGAAAUGGAUCAUACAAGUAGAAAUUUACCAAUUGUCCAGGAAGGUCCUGCCGAUUCUACGUUUGAACCCGAAGAAGAAAAGAUAGAAGUCGGCGAAGGUAACAUGGAAUUAUUUGAUGAUCAUGAUAAUUUAAGUCAACAAAACGAAGAAGAUGUUUUGUAUGAUACAUUAAAUAACGAUAGACAUGGUCAUCCAUCGCUUGAAGAGGAAAUUAAUGAUUGUGUAUUGUUUCUAUAUCAUGAAGUUAAUGAUGCGACUAAUAAUCUGUUAAAUAUCGGGAUAUAUUCUGAAGAAGAUGAAGGCGAAUAUGUAAAAGAAGAAGAUAAUGAAUUCGAAGAUUAUAUCAACUCUGAACAACUUUUUCCUGUAGCGGAUGAAGUCGACCAAUUCUCCGAAAAUGCACAAAACUAUGAGAAUAAUAAUGGCUAUGAUAGCUUCAAUAAUUAUGAUGGAGAUGAAUAUGAAGACGAGGCCGACAUCAUGCGGGUUUACAACUCGCAGAAAAAGGAGUUGGAAAAGGUUGAUGUUGAACCCUCCGAGUUGCAAAGUCAUCAUGUGCGUUAUAAGUCUGUGGUUAAAACUUUGAAGCUCAUGUUUAACGAGCCCUUAAAAAGGACAAGGCAUGAUUCUGAUAUUGUUUCAUCGGAUUGUGAAAGUGACAAAAAUACCGAGGCUGGAGCAUCAUCUGAAGAAGAACAAGUUUGCACUCCUCCUGAUGAUGCAGAAAGGUGUGUCCAAGAAGACCACAUUGAUGGUAAAAAUGUUAAACUGCUUGAUUGGGACGAAAAGAAAUGGACGUCGAACUUUCUUGCCAAUGAAGUGAUUUGGAACGAGUACAAAAAUAGUGCAGCGAGUUUCCUCCGAAAUUCACUUCGGUCGAGCGGAUGGCGAUCAACUUUUGAUGAUUAUGAAGCGCCCUCUAUUGAUUUGGAUAGUCUGCCAGUGUCACGUACAAAUUUUGACUUUGACUUUUACGAAUCCACCUACGGCGGAAUGGAUACUCCCGGACCAGAUGAACCCACAGUCGAAACUCCUUCUUCAGUGGAUCAAGUAUCGCAAGGUGCGAUACCACGUGUACAAUCACCAAAUCCCACACCCGAAGAAAAAGAAUCAGAACCGGAACCAACGCAUGAAGUCAAUGAAUUUGAAAUAGAAGAAUUGAUUGAGUCAGAGUUGGGCGCGGACGAUCAGAAUGGUGUUCUGGCCGGUGAAAUAAGCGGCGUGAAGGAGAAGCGCGAUUUAUUUUCGAACAGCACCGGUGCUGUUCAUGUCCAAUGCGCCACUCCCGUGUCCAUUCGCAGUUCUGAAAAGGUUGCUGCCCUCAAACGCCGUUUUGAGGGUGUGGAAUUUAAGGACGCGUUGGAGUGUGGUCCCACCUUUCACGAUAUCCGCAGUAAACCGCGACGGCCCGUUGAGGAGGUGCCUAAAAUAGACGAGGUGAAAAUUAAAGUAGAGACUCUCGAUGAUUCGUUGUUGCCCCAGCAGGAAGGCGUAGCCGAUGCGGUGGAGGAGGCGCAUGCAAGUGGCGAAGUGCAUUCUAGUUACGCGCUCGCAAAGAAAGUGUUCGAACAGGGUGCUGAUCAACCAGCAAUUCGACCAACUAGCUUUCCAAUUCCGAACACCACCUCUGAAGAUUUAGCGAAUCGAAGGCCCAGUAAAGUUCUCAGUCGACAGAGCAGCCGUCAGAGUGUAAAGUCUCUAAUAGAAACCAUCGAAAACGCUGGUAAACCGAUUAGCAAAUCUAGUAAUGGGUGUUCUCGAAGCAGUUCAUCUUCCUCGCUCAAUUCGUUGACAUCGUACACAUCAGAGGGUAAAACUCCUUCUAGCCCACUGUUGACCUCACUCAAAACACCUGAGUGGUUGGACGCUAGUGGUAAAACACCAAUGAAAGAAGUUCCUAAUAAGCCGCCUUCUAAUCGAGACUGGACGAAAGCUUUCACUGUUAAUGAUAAUUGUUUAGGUAAAACCGACUCAACAAAAAAGGAGGAGUCGCUUCGCGAUAGCAUUCUGCAGACUACGAAGAGUCUGGACUAUUCUCGAAGAAAUAGUUAUUCGGAUGCAAGUGACAGAAAGGACCCUUUGAAUAGUCUUGUAAAGAACGGAGGGUCGAAGCGCAAUGCGCUUUUGAAAUGGUGUCAAAACAAGACCGUAGGCUAUCGAAACAUUGACAUUACCAACUUUAGCAGUUCUUGGAAUGAUGGUCUUGGCUUUUGUGCCAUUUUACAUACUUAUCUUCCAGAGCGCGUGCCAUAUGACACGCUCAAGGCACAAGAAAAGCGUAGGAAUUUCUCAAUUGCGUUUCAAGCCGCUGAGAGUGUGGGCAUUCCCACUAGUUUGAAUAUAAACGAAAUGGUUCAACAAGAGCGCCCUGACUGGCAACAGAUUAUGGGCUAUGUGACGGCGAUCUACAAACACUUUGAGGUAUAGAAAUGUGACCGGAAUAUGGACUAAUCAAAACUAUAAAUCAAAAUGGCACCCAUCGAACAAGUCUCUGAAUUAUACAAAUCUAUAUCGAUCUUUUACAAUUUUCUACAACGAUGGAUAAGAGACCUUAUUGUACUUAUUCUUUUGUAUCAAAUUUAUUUAUUGCGUACGAUUGUUGCUAGUACGCUUAGAUUAUUAUGUAUCUUCUAGUCUCACGCGUAUUGCAUUUUUUUUAAAACAAAUGCGAAUUAAUAUUACUUUCCAACAUGUUUAUGUAGUGUGGAUAUUUACAUAUUACUCCGAACUUGUAUGUCAUUUGUUAACGACUGCGGCGGCAAUAAAACCGUUAUUUGUGCAA